AUGUCGAUUAUAUUUGGGUCGAAAGCAGACAUGCAAUUACACACACAGAUCCAUAUGAGAGAAGCGAAACCAUACAAAUGUUCCCAAUGUUCAAAAGCAUUUGCCAAUUCAUCGUAUUUGUCUCAACACACUCGCAUCCAUUUGGGUAUUAAGCCCUACCGGUGCGAGAUUUGCCAGAGAAAGUUCACCCAAUUGUCGCACCUUCAGCAACACAUUAGGACCCAUACGGGCGAUAAGCCUUAUAAAUGUCGACAUCCCGAAACCUAUUUAGCAAAACAUAUGCAAAAACAUGCCGACAGAAUGGAGAAGAGGUCUGGACUUCUGCGAGCGGCCCAUUCCUCCUCUGAUGGCUAUUGGCCUAAAGGCGCUGUCAUCGGCGGCGGCGGUGGUGGUGGCGGCAGUGCUUCCAACCAGAAUACUGAGUGUGUGGGCGAAUUAGGCCCACAUGUGCACCACCACCAUCAUCACCACCACCAUCAGAAUGAACAGUCGUGUUUGGCAUCGGUUCUCAAUGCAGACCAGUCGUCCACAUCUCGUUACGCGCGAUCAGAACUCGACCCCUCACAGCACCGACUCUCCAGUGGACAACUUCUCACCGGUAGCUCAAACAAUGGCAGACAAUCUGAUGAACUGUUGUACGGUAUGGACCCGAAGACGACGACAUCGGUGUCUGCGUCGGCGUUCACACCGAUCCAAACGGCGGGUGUGUUGGGCGGCAGUAACGCCGCGCGCAAUGCUGUGGCCGCCGCUUACUUCCCAUACGAGUCGUUUGGUUUCGCCACAAAAGCGGCCACAACUGGAAUGACGGGAAUGGAGAUGAAGUCAGCGAUGGAAGCGUCCAAAACCAGUGGUCACACGUCUUUCCCAAACCAAUUAAUAGCUUUGCAUCAAAUCCGAAACUAUGCAUCGAUGCCAUCAUCGGCCGCGUCGGCCAUCGCUGGCGAACAUCCGAUAUCAUUGAAGGAUAAACACUCGCAAUAA